CCAUCGGUUAAUUGGGUAUUUUUGAUUCGACGCGGCCAUUUGACAGCGGAAGAAUUACGGCUGCUGUCAAAACAAACGAAAGUGUCGGUCAAAACAGCAAGCUUCUAAAGCAGGAGAAAAGUACGGCUUUAGCGUUCGGUCCUCCGGCUUCGGUGAAAUGCACAGACAUUGCUGUUAACCACCAUCCCUGUUCAGUAUGAGCCACUCGCUACGUUUUCGAUGCUUGUGUUAAAAGUUUACCGCAGUGUCUUGGAGUGUCCUUUCACUACACGUCGACCGUCGACCGGACGAAGCCAGAAAUAAUGUACGCGCAAAGCAUCGUGCAGGUGGAUUGGAACGAACGGUUCGACAGUGCGGUGGAUAUUGACAGCGCCGGCGGAACCAGCUUCAACGGCGGCAGUGGCGAUGUUUACCGACGCUUUCAAGACAUAGACGGCGGAAGCAAUAGUUCCGCGAGCAAUGAUACGGAAAGCACCACCCUGCUGGACGAGACGUGCCGCAAGACCGAGCGGUUGUACGACAUCACGCCGAUGGAUCGCGGUGACCGACACAGCCGUGGUUCGACUAAGAACAAAAUAUUUCUCUUCAUUAUUGCAUUCGGCGUGAUCGUCACCCUGUGGAUGGGCAGCAUCUCGAACGGCAACGACCGGGGACGUGUGGGUACGAUCGCCGGCUGGGGAUUGAACACGUCGCGGGAAACGAUCGGGUAUGUGCUUCCGUACGAAAACACCACACUGAUCGAUCCGCUGAACGUGUGCACCACCGAGGAACGGUCCGGGCUGGUGGAGGAAAGUGAGAAGGUGUUCCUGCUGAUUGUGGUUUGCUCCUCGGCACGUAAAUUUGAGGCGCGUCAAGCGAUCCGCGAAACGUGGGGCAAGGUGCGAGAGUUUAACUAUGGCCAGUUCCGGCGGCUGCACGAAAGAAUGCGCGGCGAAUAUCUGGACCCGAAGGCGACCGUCGGCCGUGAACUGAAAGAGUACAUGUGGAAGGUGCCCGACGGCGAGGAUAAUGAUGGUGAGGCACCCGUGGGUGAGGGCACCGAAGCUAACAAUGUUCACUCGAAAUCCAAUUCUAGUCACAGUGAGCAAACCGAGGGCGGCAUUGCGGGCAUGAUGAUUAACGUGAAGCUCGUGUUUCUCAUCGGUCAGUCGGAAGCUGAUUACGUGCAUCAGCGGGAACGAUCGUCACUCGCACCCGGCCCGGGAGACAGCGCGAGCGACACGAAGCCGUUGGGCGUCGGCGGACAGGAAGUGUCCACUGCGCAGGGCACGGUGGUGGAUAGUUCGCACAACCCGUCGGAUGUUACAGGAACGCCACCACGAAUCGCACUGUUUCCGAGCGGAGCAGACGUCGAUCCUGCAUUCAACCCGGCCAACGAGGUGGUGGACGAGCUGCAGCUGCGGAUCGUCAACGAAAGCGAAGUGUACGGUGAUAUUAUACAGGAGAGCUUUAUAGAUAGUUACAAUAACCUGACGCUGAAGACGAUCAUGAUGCUGAAGUGGGUUACCAACAACUGUGAUGGCAAAGUAAAAUUUAUCAUGAAGUGCGAUGAUGACACGUUCGUCAACGUGCCUAACCUGCUGCACGUUCUGCUCGGCGGGACGGUUCCCCUGUACAAAGCGGCCAUCUCGUUCUACGACACCAACACGGUGGCGGUAAAGUCACCGAAAAACCGGCUCGUCCCGGGGAAGCAUCUGCUGACGGGGUUCCUGUUCUGCGACGCCAAACCGAUCGGUGACACCAGCAGCAAGUGGUACUCGCCGACGUACAUGUACGAUAAGGACGUGUACCCGUACUAUCUGUCCGGCACGGCCUACCUGAUGAACUUCGAGACGGCCAAGCUGCUGUACCGGGCGAGCCUUUCGACGCCGAUCUUCCACCUGGAGGACGUGUACCUGACCGGUAUCGUGGCGGACCGGGUGAAGGUUCGGCGCCGACACCAUCCGCUCUUCUUCUACUCCUACACCAAAGACCUGUGCGCCCUGCGGGGCAUGAUCUCGCAGCAUCAUCUGCAGCCAAGCGAAAUUCGCACCGCGUACGACUACAUCACCAACGGCACGAUCGUGUGCAGCGGCCCGGACAAACGGUUCACCGUGGGCCAGCUGAAGCUGCAGCAGCGCAAAAAGUGUCAAUGAUGUCGCAAACCGGUGGCCGUACCGCCGGGACGGUCGCGCCGCUAUCGCCAGUUCCUGUCGAUCUGGUGAUCGGAGGAUCUUCCAUCUUGUUGACACACACACACACACAGAGUUUACUGCUCCACCGAGAUUUGAUUUGAACUACGCGGAACACUGGUGCACCAUGACAGACAGACGGACUGGGCCAUUAUUCCCGGCCUCGGGCAUGAUCUUUACAGCACAAUUACAGCUCGAAACGCACAGCCAUUUCAAUCUACAUUAUACCCCAGAAUCUCGCGUAGAUGAGACUAGCAGCAACCCCACACCAAGCGGACAACCGAGAAGUUACUAACGAAUGCUGUCGCUGUCCCAGUGAUGAAGGCGGUAGGGAGCAGCCAGCACACGAGUCGAAUAUUAUUUACAAGCAACGUUAAGUCUGCUACAUCGCGCUUCCUCUCAUCGAACGGUCGUGUAUAUUGCGAAACGUAAACCGAAACAAACUUAGCUAAGCUUCGCCUUCAAACAUAACGAACGAAACGUCCUUUACUAAAAUUUUAAUAACUUAUUGUACUUGGUAGAAGAAACGGUGUUCUAGUUCGCGCCCCGUUACGCAAGCAGGCGAGAGGGCUGCACGCAAGCAGCACUCUGCACUCUCGUCUGCUUGCUGGAGUAGAAUCUCAUUAGAGCUCUUGCUGACGACGCUUCUGAAGCCUCGCGUGAUUGAACAGUGCGUUAGAUACCAUUUAUUUGGAAGAAAACCUGUCGGAAGUGGUACCACACGAACUGAGUUGACAAUGCUCAUGCUAUUUUCUCGUUCAGCUUGACGGAUUUGAUUGGUCAGAAAUAGGGUUUAGUACUUUAGAGAGAGUUAUGUUGACCACCGGUGUAGUUAGUAGCACAGACCGCACCUCUUAACGCCCUGUUGACUGCCACGACUGAGUACGGUACAAACAUAUAUCAUAUCAUUAGCCGCCACAGCGCAGAUUCAAACGCAGUGAAAGCAAUUAUCUCGAUAUUGCUAUAUUUUUAAGUUGCUCAGCAUGGGUAGGACCAUACUUUUUUAUAAUUGCCUUCUUAUUUUAGGUAAUGUAUUACUUUUAAUUGUUCAAUGUGCCUAAACUUAAAAUGACAAAACCCUCCACAAAAACCCAACCGAACAACCGAAGAGCUGGCCAUUACUGUGCAUGGUGGACCUAGCAUAUAGUUUUACGCUUCGAUAUCAAAUCUCAUCUGGGCUUUCGUGAGCACUGGCCUAUCCAACUCUGAUGAUACAUGGCAUGGCCUAUAAGAGGGUCGUCGUGCACUAGCAGAAGAACCAGCCCAAGCGUGGCAGUCAACGUGCUGUUGUGAGAGGCGCGUUAAAUAGUUUAUGUGUGUUUGUUUGCGAUUUUGCUUUAAACAGCUUAUCAUUACCUAGCAAAGUAUGACACAGCUCCUCCAGUUUUAUUCUAACCUCUCGCAUUUCGCAAACCGCAACUGCUAUCGGUAAGCGCUAAGAGUCGUAGGAAACAAUGCUAAACAAUUUAACAAUAAGAAAUGGUAUUAAUUAUCCGAAUACAACGAUUGCACGACGGCAAGACAAAAAACAAGCACGUAUUGCGGGGUGGAGUAGGGGGAGAGAAGAUGAAUGAGCAAAUCAUUUGAUUCAGCUGUGAUUCCAUUACGAGAAACAAAUCUAAAACAAAAACAAAAACACGGAAAUUAAAAAGAAAAGUAUUGAACUUUAGAUAGGUAUACAAAGAUUGGUAGCAACGGAAUGCAAAAUAUCAGGCGCCACGUGCAACCUGGUUGCGCACCACGGUAUGGAGUUUUCUUUUGUUGUUGGAUUGGCAAAAGGGCAGCACCGAUCGGAGAGGCAGUAGUAGCAGCAGCAGCAGCGAUAGUAGUAUUGCUAGGAACAAGGAACAUAGAUUUGUGAUUCUAAAAGAAGCGAACGACGCUGCGACCGAGCGGCGGUCGACCGUAGUGUUGAGUUUCGUUUCGGGGCGGCGUUAAAGUUUGGGCUCUCGUAGUUCUAGUGAUAUAUAGUAGGUUAAAAAAGGUAUUAGAAUUUUCCAAACCAUUACAGGAUCGAUGAGGAUACAACAUUUUACCACACACGCGCGCACGAGUGAACUCAGUGCACGCACGAACUCACGCUCGCAAGACACGUGCGGCGGUGAUCGUGAACAGACCAGCAGGAGAAAACCAUAGGUCACCCCCCGAACAAAAAAAGAAGAAAAAAAAACACACAAACUUCCAGUAAGUAGACGCAUUUAAGCGAAAAUUUAGUAUGAUCCAAUUAAAAGACAUCGAAAGUGCUAGCGGGAGAGAGCGAAACAGAAAGAUUCUAAUUAAAUAGUAAACCAAACAUUGGACGAGCGAAGAAAGUUAGCCACAAAAGACACAAAAUUAUAUUAGUAGGAUAAAUUGGGUUUUCCGUUUUGCUGCCAG